AUGUACAUACCAGUAUCUGUUCUGAAUGGAUGUGGUGACUCCUUCAUUGCUGCAGAUGAAAAGCGGCAGAAGGCAAGUACUUAUUUCUUUACUGAUAUUGGCCUCAUGACACUGGUUUGUAGACAUGACCAUGUCCUAUGGAUUGUGAAUCUGACAUCCACAGGAGAAAAGCAACAUUAUGCACUUGCUCUCUUGGACCAGUUGUUCAAACAUAUUCCUACUCAGAUGACCAUCGGGCUUUUAUAUAACAUCGCAUGCCAGCUCAAACAGAGCUGUUGCAAGUGGAAAUUCAUGGAUGACUCUAUCCUAUCUUGCAUCGCAUUUGCUAUUGCUAUAUUCCAUGCUUAUGAUCACCAGUGGCCAUGUCAAGUCAUCUACCACCCCAGGAAACAAGAAGGAUUUGACUGGUCUGAUGGUGAAGGAUGUGAAUGA